CAGACGCCGCAGUGACUUGUCAAAAUUGUAAAACUCAUUGUAAUCUGUGAAUUGAGAAAUUAUAAAUACAUAUUUUAAUUCAUUUCUAAUACUGAAAAAAUCUAAAAGGGAAAUAAAAUGACAGUCAAAAAUAAAAAUGAAGAACCCAAGAAAGAAAAAGCUGAACCUGUAGCUGCACCUAGUGAUGAUUUGUCUGAAGAAGAUAAACGCCUCCAAGAGGAGCUCAACAUGCUUGUUGAGAAGCUUGUGGGGAAUGAUGUGGAAUUAUACUUUCCUGCACUACAAAUGUUGAGUAAUCUUAUCAGAACAUCUACAACAUCAAUGACUUCUGUACCUAAACCACUUAAAUUUUUGAGAGAACAUUAUCCAGCUCUUAAAUUAGUAUAUGAAAAAAUUCAAGAUGCGAAAACAAAAAAAUUUUGUGCUGAUGUUGUCUCAGUUCUUGCUAUGGGUGUCAGUGGCUCGCCAGAUGCUGCAGAGAAAAGAGAAUGCCUCAAGUAUUGUCUUCUUGGAACUCUGUCCAAUGUGGGUGACUGGGGACAUGAAUAUGUUAGGCAGUUGGAGGGUGAGAUAGCAGAAGAAUGGAAUGUAGAAAAUAUGGAUACAUUGCUACCACUUGUACGAGAUGUGGUUGCUUUCGACAUGCAGCAUUCGGCUGAAAUUCAGGCUUGUGAUCUUUUGAUGGAAAUAGACCGUCUUGAUCUUCUCACACAGCAUAUGGAUCAAAGCAAUUAUCCCCGAGUCUGCCUUUAUUUGAUUGGUUGUGCCAGUUAUGUUGUGGAACCGGAAUCAACACAGAUACUCCAAGGUGUAUUGGAUACAUAUUUACGUUUUGGAGAGUACCCUCGGGCGUUACUCGUUGCUAUGCAAUUGCAUGAUAAAGUUAAAAGUGAAGAGGUCUUCAAUGCAUGCAAUGAUCCAUUGAUUAAGAAACAGCUGUGCUACAUGCUCGCCAGACAGUAUAUACCUCUUGAUUUGGAGGAUGAAGAUCUUCGCACCAUUCUUCUUAAUGCACACAUCAAUGAUCAUUAUUUGAGUUUAGCAAGAGAGCUUGACAUAAUGGAACCCAAAACUCCUGAAGAGGUGUACAAAACUUGGUUGGAAUCUGCUGGGUCUGCACUCCGCCCGUCGUUACUAGCCGAACAUCCUGUAGAUUCUGCACGACAAAAUCUUUCAGCAACAUUUGUAAACGCAUUUGUGAACGCAGGCUUUGGCCGCGAUAAAUUGGUCACAACUGAGGAUGGCAAUAAGUGGAUGUACAAGAACAAAGACCAUGGUAUGCUAUCAGCGGCAGCGUCGCUCGGCAUGAUUCACUUGUGGGACGUUGACGGCGGCCUGACGCCCAUCGACAAGUACUUGUACACGGCGGACGAGCACAUCAAGGCGGGGGCGCUGCUUGCUCUUGGACUCGUUAACUGCGGCGUCCGGAACGAAUGCGAUCCCGCGCUGGCGCUGCUCUCCGACUAUGUACUGCAUUCCAGCUCCAAUCUUAGGAUUGGCAGUGUUCUAGGCCUGGGGAUCGCGUACGCGGGCACGCAGCGCGAGGAAGUGCUGUCGCACCUGUUGCCCGUGCUAGCGGACACGGCCGCACCACCCGAGAUCUGCGCCUUGGCCGCCAUCUCCUGCGGACUUAUCGCCGUCGGUUCUUGUAAUGGAGACGUCACAUGUGCCAUCAUACAGCGUCUUAUUGACGACAAUAAGGACUUGCAUUCAUCCACAUACGCCAGAUUCUUACAUUUAGGACUUGGAUUAUGUUUCUUAGGUUGUAAGGAGCGCACAGAGGCAACGAUGGCGGCGCUGGAGGUUCUCCCUGAGCCGCAGCAAUCUCUCUGCCAAACUACGCUUUCCAUGUGCGCUUACGCGGGCACCGGUGAUGUGCUCGUCGUACAGCAGAUGCUGCACAUCUGCUCCAAGCACUAUGAGACUGAGAAUGAACAAUCGUCAGCUGAAGAUACUGCUUUUAAGAAACAAGACAAAAAAGAUCCUAAGGAAGGUACCAGUUCCAGUAGCUCAAAGGACGAUAAAAACAAAAGCAAGUCUUCAAAAGACAGCAAAAAUAAAGAAAAAGAAAAGGAGAAAGAAGCGAACAAGGAGUUGUCAUCGGUGCAAGCGGUGGCCACGCUCGGCGUUGCCGUCAUCGCGCUUGCAGAGGAAACCGGCGCCGAGAUGUGUACGCGCAUAUUUGGACAGCUCGGCCGUUAUGGAGAACCCGCAGUUCGCCGCGCGGUGCCACUAGCGAUCGCUCUUUGCUCAAUCUCCAACCCGCAACUGGCCGUCAUUGAUGUGCUCAACAAAUACUCUCAUGACUCCGAUAAUGACGUCGCAUACAAUGCUAUCUUUGCUAUGGGACUCGUAGGCGCUGGCACCAAUAACGCAAGGCUGGCGACGAUGCUGCGCGCGCUGGCUCUGUACCAUGGCAAAUCGCCUGUGCACCUGUUCAUGGUGCGACUGGCGCAAGGCCUGUGUCACGCGGGCAAGGGCACGGUCACGCUGUGCCCUGCGCACGCUGACCGCCGUCUGCUCAACCAGCCCGCGCUCGCCGGCCUGCUCGUCGUGCUCACCGCCUUCCUCGACUGCAAGAAUAUAAUUCUGGGCAAAUCUCAUUACUUAUUGUAUGUGUUGGCGACUGCUAUGCAACCUCGGUGGCUCGUCACCCUUGAUGAAAACCUUCAGCCUCUGAACGUCAGUGUACGCGUUGGUCAGGCUGUUGACGUAAUCGGCAAAGCUGGUACUCCAAAGACCAUAGCCGGCUCCCACACGCAUACUACCCCAGUUUUGCUGUCAUUUGGCGAGCGCGCAGAACUCGCUACCGAUGAGUAUAUCCCAUUGUCGCCCGUCAUGGAAGGCUUCGUCAUAUUAAAAAAGAACGAAGACAGUGUCAUGGCCUCUGUCCAAUAGAAGCUAAAUAAUUAACUCGCAUUAUACGUGUAUUAUUUUUGUUUUUAAAAUAAAUUAAUUAUAAUUAAUAAUAAAAUUGUGUUUACUCCAAUUUCUAUUGUUGUGUAGUCAAAAUGUUAGACUUAAAAAGCGCAAUGAAAAAAAAAAGAGUACAAGAACAGAUAACCGAAUUCCAAUAUAAUCAUGAAGAAAAUACUAUUUGAAAAUAUACUGUUUAGUAGCUCUGUUAUAAUAUUAUUGUAGCAAUGUCCCAUAUACUGUUAAAAACUGUUUGUCCCGUAUACUGCUACAGUUUUAUAGUUCACAGAUAAUUUAGUAAAAAUAAGAUCAUAUCCAUCUCUGUAAAUGUGUAAUGACAUUCUCUAAACUGAUAUAUUUUUUCAAUUAUAACCCAUUAAACAGACAAAACCGA